CAUACUUUCACACAUACCAGUAUUAGCAUUCACUAUUUAUUUGUUUAAACUUUCUCAAUUUCCACUUAUAAAAACUAAAAAUAUAUUUGAUAUCUUCAAGACUCAUCAAGUGCCCUAGACAUGGGGAACAAGCAAAUCAAGCAACAUUUGGAAACGGCACAGAAAACUGGAAUCUUGAAAAUUUCUUUACAGCGAUUGCAAGACUUUCCUCCUCAACUCAAGGCGUAUCCAAAUGUUUUAAAAACAUUGGAUUUGUCACAAAAUCGAUUUGAACGAAUACCCGAAGAAAUUGGUCGAUUAACGCUACUAAAGCAUCUCAAUAUGAGCGGUAAUCAAAUAGUAGAAUUACCACAAGUGCUGGGUGAGUUGAUGAAAUUAGAAGUGAUGCUAAUGAACGAUAACAUGAUUGCUAAGAUACCUGAUUCGCUGUCAAAUUGCACCAAUUUAAAAACCGUGAAUUUAAGCCACAAUCAAAUUCGAGAAUUUCCGACAAUGCUAUGCGGUCUUAAACACCUUGACAUUCUCGAUUUAUCACGAAAUAAAAUCACUUCUAUACCCAACGAAAUUGCUACGUUGCAUGUGACGGAAUUAAAUCUGAAUCAAAAUCAAAUAUCAAACUUAUCCGAAGGAGUGGCCGCAUGUCCAAAACUAAAAACUUUACGUUUAGAGGAGAACUGUUUGCAAGUAACAGCUUUUACACCACGGAUACUCAAAGAUUCAAAAAUUACUAUAUUGGCCGUCGACGGUAAUUUAUUUAAUUCAAAACAAUUUAGCGAUUUAGAAGGCUACGACGUUUAUAUGGAACGCUAUACGGCGGUAAAGAAGAAAAUGUUUUAAGUUUCCUAACUAAUCUUAAUAAAGUUGAGAAAGUGAGAGAAGCAAAAAAUAUGA